AUGCCAACCUUGACCGUAACCGUCGUCUCAGGAAAUAAUUUGGAAGCUAAAGAUUUCGGUGGUACAUCGGAUCCCUAUGUCUAUGUCCGAGUUGGAUCUCAAUCCUUCAAAACCUCUGUCAAACCAACAACACUCAACCCCAAGUGGAACGAACGCUUUACUUUUACAGUGAACAAUCCUCAAACUGAUGUAGUUCUUUUUGAAAUGUUUGAUCAUGAUCUCAUUGGUUCUCAUGAUCCGAUGGGUCGUGCUCAAGCCUCACUCAAUACCUUGCAACGAGGUGUCCCUCAACAAUUAUCUCUUCCAUUGAUGAAUGCCAAGAGAGGUACUUUAACAGUUGAAUUGGUGGCUCAAGAUUUCGGAAUGGUUCCUCAACAACAACAACAACAGCCUCAAAUGAUGAUGACUGGUGGAUAUCCACAACAACCUCCAAUGGGUUAUCCACCUCAACAACAACCUUAUGGUUAUCCUCCUCAACAACCCAUGAUGACCAGUGGAUACCCUCCACAGCAACAACCUCAAAUGAUGGGAUAUCCACCUCAACAACAACCUCAAAUGAUGGGAGGCUAUCCACCUCAACAGCCACAACAGCCUUAUGGUUAUCCACCUCAACAACAACCACCCAUGAUGAUGAUGAGUGGAACUACGACUACCACAAGUGGCAGUGGUUAUUAUUAUCCUCCACAAACAACGACCCCAGUACAUACGACUACUACGACUCAUUAUCAUCAUAGCCACAAGUCAGGAAAGCAGAUGAAAAAGACCAUGAAGAAAAUUGGCAAGUUCGGUAAAUUUGGUAAAUUCGGAAAGUUUGGUAAGGGUCUUGGAAAAUUCGGAAAGAAGCUUGGAAAGAAGUGGUUCUAA